AUGGCGCUCAUUAGAACAACACUAUUCAACCAAUUUUGCGGCGGUGAAGACCUUGACGGCCUGGUAAAAACUGGUCAACGACUCAACGAUUUGGGUGUUGGAUGCAUCGUUGAUUUUGCUGCUGAAAGUUCUGAAGAAAAAGCGGACGUAACAAAAUGGUUGGAUUCUAAUGUUAUUUUAACUCAAGAUGCGAUUCGAUCAGCGGCACAAAUGAAAGAAAAAGAAAGUAAGAAAGUCGUAUGUGGCUACUCAUAUCUGCAUCACUUCGUUUCAGCCGGAGAAGCCAAAGGCAACUUCGCGUUCGUCGCUAUAAAAGUGACUUCUAUUUGCGACCCAGCUCUCUUGCGCAAACUCUCAACGACGUUGAACUUUGUGCAUCACGCUUUCGCGGCUGCAUGUGGCUCUCUUCAGCUGGAUGGCGGAGUUUCUGUUAUUGCAGAUCCACGGGAUCAUCAUCUGUUGAUGAAUCAGACCCUCACGCAAGCUCAAUUUACAUCCAUAGUAACAGCGUUAUGGCCGUCAGUUUCUUCAGCAUCAGCCGCAAAGAUGUAUACUGAAGCACUUCGUCAGCCUGGAUCGUUGGAGAACCAGAAAUUGACCCUUUCAUUUUUCCAAUGGCACAAGUACUUCACACCGCAGCGAUUGGCAUCAUUACCCGCUCCUGUCGUUCCUUCCAAUCCGAUUAAUACAGACGUAUUGAAACGCUGUUGGCUAUCAACGAGUGAUGUUGAAGCGAUUGAACUCGCAUCAGCACGAAUGGACCGAAUCGCAGAAUCGUCAAGAGAUCCAGAAAUCCGUUUGCUUGUCGAUGCAGAACAAACGUUCUUCCAAACAGCGAUUGACUAUUUUGCUGUUGAACAGCAAGAGAAAUUGAACAGGCCCAGGGAUCCGAACCAAGAUCUUCAUUCGGCUCCUGGACUCAUUUAUAAUACCUACCAAAUGUACCUGAAGAAUUCUCUGGGAAAGCUCAUGUGUGACGCAAAAAGGGCAGAAGUUUUUGGAUAUAAAUUUUCUGUCAAACUCGUUCGCGGUGCAUACAUGUUCCAAGAGCGGCGAUGCGCCGAAGAAGCGCAUUAUGAUUCGCCUGUUCAUAAUUCCAUCGAUGCAACUCACGAGUCUUUCAACGAAGGACUUCGUUUCAUGAUUAAAAAUAUUGGGAAUUCAGAGCUCCUUUGCGGAACCCAUAACGAAGACUCUGCCCGUUUGGCCGCGGCUCUUCUGUCUCAAAAAGCUGCAGGACAAGAUUUACGCAAUUUGCCGGUCUCAUUCGGACAACUUUUAGGAAUGUGCGACCACAUUAGUUUGAUUUUAUCCAAGGCUGGAUGUCGAGUCUACAAAUACACCCCCUAUGGACCAGUAAGCAUAUUAUCACGGAUGAGAGGAUCAUCACGUAUGAGUUAUCAUCAUGGCAUGAAUUAUCCAUCAAUGUGA